UGAGAGGCUUGCCAAUGGACAUCAGUGGCUCGUGGUCAGAGCAAAGAGUUUUGAGCCAAAGGUUGCCAUUAUUCGUAUCUCCAUAGAAUAAACGUGUUUGUGAGUGUGUUGUGUGUUGGUGCCCGUGGCAGCGAGGCUAUUGCGGUGAUCUUGGCCGAAUCGGUUCCGGAUAAGAAGAUAUGCACCUUGGAUGUUGUCCAGUGGUGAAUCAAGACAAGACAGUGCAAGCAGUGUGGGCGAAAAAUGGUCCCUGAUGUCGUUUGGUGCACUAACUUGCAUGUGAAUCGAUCGCUAAUAUGGGCAUUCUGACUACUGCCCCAACGGACAAUUCCCUCGAAUUCUUCAACCACAUUCCCAAGUGUGAUCCCAUUCACGGUCAAUCCACAUCAGCGAACUUACGGGUACUUGUCUCACCGACUAAGACGGCGGAGCAGGAGACAGAUUUCUUCAACCAAGCCGAUUCCCACCAUUCAGUCGGCAUGGCUUUCUGUCCUUCGCCCGAUGGGUGCACACCUCCCCUAACUAUGUCUACCCACCACACUUCGGUCUUACCCCCUCACCACGCCUCCCCGCCCCCGGGUAUGACCAGUCUCCAACCAAAUCACAAGAUCUCUCCUGUGCAUCCUUAUCCACCGACACCAAGGUGGCCACCCCCUAAUCUCAAUUCUGGCGACGAGCCACUAGGGGCGCAAACUCAACACCUUGCAAUACCCCCUGCGUCAAAUUGGUCAUAUCAGAAGAAAAACCUCCCGUCGGAAGAUGCGGAUGGCACGCCCUUGUGUGCAGGUUGCCGCCUCCGAAUCAUGGACAAGUUCUUUUUGAGUGCCGUGGAGGGAAAAUGGCACUCUUCCUGUCUCAAAUGUGCGGAAUGUGACGUGGAGUUGGAGACACAGAGCUCUUGCUUCGAACGUGAAGGCUUGAUCUUUUGCAAACGUGAUUACCUCAGAAUUUAUGGCAACCGCCAAUGUUCCCGCUGUCUCCAGGAAAUUCAGAGCUCGGAUCUAGUCAUGAAGGCCCGGAAUUGUCUCUUCCACGUGGAUUGUUUCCGAUGCACAACGUGCGAUGUCCUCCUUCGGAAGGGUGAUCUCUUUGGCAUGUUCGAGGACGUCCUCUACUGUCGAAUGCAUUUUGAGGUGCUCGAGUCGCCUCCCCAUUCCUCCAGUGAUCCCACCCACCCAUUCCCUUUCCCGCCCCAAGGCUACCCGCACCAUUUUGGGCCCAACGGGGAGCCCUGGUUUCCUCCGGGCGAAUAUCCCAUGGGUCUGCCUAGCGGGGACUUCCCUUUUGACAACAAUAAAGAUCCCAUCUUGAAGAAGCGCCGAGGACGGAAGAAACGGAAAGUGGAUGGGAACUUCUCGGCCAUGAACGCCUUCAUGGAUGGGGGCUAUGCCGGUUUGGAUGGCUCGGGGGCACAAUCCAAGGCCAAACGGGCCCGGACCUCUUUCAAACACCAUCAGCUCAGAAUCAUGAAAGCUCAUUUCCAAGUCAACCAAAAUCCCGACUCGCGGGAAUUGAAAAUGCUCUCACAAAAGACGGCCCUGGAUAAGAAGGUGCUUCAGGUCUGGUUCCAAAACGCUCGUGCCAAAUGGCGAAGGGUCAAUGCUCAGGGCGGAAAUAGAGGCGGAACUAGCGGCGCCGCUGGAGGUGCCGGUGUUUCAAGCGGCGACCUCGGCGAGGCCGGAAGUACGGGAUCCUCGAUGGUGGACCAUUUGUCCGAGGAGAAUGGUGACUCCGAUUCAAUGCCGGCUUGCUGACGAUCGAAAGACCAAAGCUAGGAUUGGUCCAAUGAUCGUCGUUUAAUCGGUCGCUGCGCCCUCUGGUGUUCUUAGGAGGAAAAUCUCCUCCGACGCUAUUGAUGUGUCUUUCAGUUAAAUUAUACCCUACGGGAAAAUCUAAAUGUGUUUUUUGCUCAUUAUGCUAUUCAUGUUAUGAUUACUAAUAUUGAAUAUUGACGUCAUUAGAAAAAAGGAGCACUUAUUUUUCAAGUGUGUGAACGUGUUGACUUUUGGAGUGUUUUCUCCUUCUCUGGAAACAAUAAGCUUCCAUUUCGAGACCUUUGUACCUUAAUGUUUGGAUGUUAGGGCUUGGGAUACACCUGAUAAUAAAAGGAACACAAAUAUAUGUCUUCAAAU